AUGAAGGAAGAUCAGCGACGGGCAGAGCUCAAGGCCCGAGCAGCAGCCCUUCAGGAACAGGCAAAACUUGAGCAGGCCAAGUUGGCGCUCAGACUUAAGGAGGAGAAACUCAGGAUAAGGACAAAUGUCAGUGACGCUAGGGUGAGAGUUAUAGAGGAGAUGGAAAUGAACGAGCGUGGUUCAGACAGCACCAGCUGCAGUCCAGCCUCACCAGACUCUCCUGACGCUCAGCCAUACGUCCCAGCACCGGACCUGGGUUCCAUCACCAAGGAACUUAGGAAACCACAGAUAGAACUCCAGAAGUUCGGAGGAGACCCGAUGGAAUAUCCACGUUUCCUUCGUCAGUUCAAGACGAGAAUAGUUGCGUACACAGACUCUGACGAUGAGAGACUUAGCUACUUGGAACAGUACACCACUGCGGACGCUCACAAGAUAGUGAAAGGGUACUCACACCUAGAGAGUACGGUAGGUUAUAAAGCCGCCAUGGACAAAUUGAAGAAUAGAUAUGGCGACCCGGAAGUCAUUGCAGCAGCCUACAUAAAGAGGGCGUUGGACUGGCCAGUCAUAAAGCCGGACAACGCUAAGGCCUUGGAUGACUUUGCAGUGUUUUUGAUGGAGUGUCAACACGCGGUGGGUAGUGUUCAAGCCGGCCAAGUGCUGGAGUAUGCGGACCAUAUACGGCAGCUUGUCAAGAAGCUCCCCUUCUAUCUGCACGAUAGGUGGAGGACCAUCGUUCAGAGGACAAGAGACUCCGAGCGCCUUGUUCGGUUUAAGCACUUGGUGGACUUCGUCCGUGGGGAAGCUAAAAAGGCCACGGACCCUCUAUACGGGAGGGACGUUCUGUCUGCCGACAACGGAAAGAUCGCCGGUGGAAAACAGUUUUAUAGUAAGGCCAAGGGCGGCAUGCGUAGCCUGGCUAGCAGCACCGAGAAUGGUGGUUCUGACCGCCCCACUCAGGGGUCGACAGAGACCAACUGGGGGAGAGCAAAGAAAUUCGCCUUUGAAGCUCCAUGCGUAUUCUGCAAGAACGCUAACCAUGCCAUGAAUCAGUGCGAGAACGUUAUAGCUAAGCCAGCUAACGAGAGAUCAGAGUUCGUCAAGGCAAAUAGACUCUGUUUCGGCUGUUUGAAGCUGGGACACAGAAAACGAGAAUGUAGAGGACGAGAGGCCUGUAAGAGUAAUGUCAGUUUCUGCACCGACAAGCUCGCAAAGCAGUGGGGCGUGACAGGACAAAAAAGGACAAUUAUCCUCGACACCAUGGGGACGCCACACAGCAUGACAACUCACCGGAUUAGCGGUCUUGAGAUCAGUGACUUGGAUGGCAGGGACCAUGUUCGCUUGCCGCCACUUUAUACCAAGAAGAGGAUUCCGGCGACACAGCGACACAUUUCAACCCAGCACGAUAUUGAGAGAUGGGACCAUCUACAAGGGAUCACGUUACCCACGUUAGAUGCAGAUAUCGGUCUGCUGAUAGGGAACAACGUGCCGGACGCUUACACCCCGCAGCUAAUCAGGACAGGGCCUCGUGGUAGUCCUUAA